CGUGACCACUUGACGUCACAUACGCGGAACACAACAAGCGUUGUCCAUUUGGAGAGACGCAACUAGUCGAACUCAACGAAAACAUGGGUUACAUCUGCCUGUGCCUUUUAACAAUUAUCAGUAGCGUAUUUUCUACUCAUUUCGGAGCACAAAUCAAAACAAAUGAAAGACCUAUAAUUGGUGUUCUUGCACAGGAGGUGUUUGAUCCACAGCCCGGUAAAAACGCUUAUAUUGCGGCGUCAUACGUGAAGUUCCUGGAGUCAGCCGGUGCUCGUGUGGUGCCUGUGAUGAUCAACAAGUCUGAAGAGGAGUACACACAGCUCUUUAAAUCCAUAAAUGGAGUUCUGUUUCCUGGUGGUGGAGUCAGUUUAAAAUCAUCUGAAUAUUCCAAAGCAGCUGGCAUUUUCUACAGACUUGCCCUUCAGGCCAACUCCAAUGAAGAUUAUUUCCCUGUAUGGGGAACCUGUUUAGGAUUUGAGCUGCUCACACUGUUAACAAGUGGAGAAUUGUUACUGUCCCUCACAAACACCAGUGGUGUUGCCCUGCCAUUAGACUUUACAGAUGAAAUCAAAGAUGGCAGAUUGUUCAAAGACUUUCCUGAAGAACUCAUGAAAUCUUUGGCAACAGAACCGCUCACAGAGAACUCUCACAAAUGGAGUAUUACUACAGAGAGAUUUUCUAAGAGUGACCGACUGAAAAAGUUCUACAGAGUCUUGAGUACCAACACAGAUGGACAACAUGAGUUUGUGUCCACAAUGGAAGCGUAUGAUUUCCCCAUCUACGCCACUCAGUGGCACCCAGAGAAGAACGCCUUUGAGUGGACUCGGCCACACAUUCCCCACUCGCCUUCAGCCAUUAAGACCACCUUCUACAUGGCACAAUUUUUUGUUAAUGAAGGUAUGGAUAAUAAUAAUGCUUUAAAACAUGCACAGGUAGAACAUACCUUAGCAGUAUUGUAUCCUGGUCAUAGACCCUGCAUUAAAUAUCUAGGUUAUAUUUCACCCCAAUAUCAAAAGAAAAAAUGAAUAUGAAAUUAUAUUUUGAAUUUAAAAAAAUACAAUAAAUGAAGCCUAGUUGUAGGACCAUUAAGACUUCUUUGAAUCACAGUAAUUAAAAUUUAGGAGGACAAUGUGCUCAGUUCACAAGAAAGUCACAAUGUGAAAAAGUCUUUAUGUUGCUAGAAAUUGGUUGCAAUGUCUUAAUCUUUCUCAUUUGAUUUUGAAGAAAUAGGACCUGGAGAAGUCUUUACCAGUUGGCAAUAAUGUUGAUUUGCCAUUUGACAUCUUAAAGGGAUAGUUCACCCAAAAAUUCUCUCAUCAUUUACCCACCCUCAUGCCAUCCCAGGUGUGUAUGAUUUCCCUUCUUCUGCAGAACACAAAGAUUUUUAAAAGAAUAUUUCAGCGCUGUAAGUUCAGUGCAGGUGAAUGGAUACCAAACUUUUGAAGCUCCAAAAUCAAAUAAAAGCAGCAUAAAAGUAAUCCACUAGACUCCAGUGGUUUAAUCCAUUUCUCCAGAAGCGACAUGAUAGGUGUGGGUGAGAAACAGAUCAAUAUUUAAGUAUUUUUUUUACUAUGUAUUCUCCUCCCGGCCCAGUAGGUGGUGACAUGCAUGAAGAAUGCAAAUGGCCAAAAACAAAAGAAGAAGAAUGUGAAAGUGAAAGUAGAGAUUUAUAGUAAAAAAAGGACUUAAAUAUUGAUCUGUUUCUCACCCACACCUAUCAUAUCACUUCUGAAGAUUUGGAUUAAACCACUGGAGUCAUAUG